CCCUCCUCCCUGCGUCCUCCGGGCCGCACCGCCCGGGCCGGCGCCGAGCGCGGGGAAGCUGGCGGGCUAAGGCACCCCGCUCCUCUGCUCUCCCCCCCCCCUCCCGGCUCCGCGAGGCCGCACGUCGCCGCCCGCGAGAUGAUGCAGGACGUGUCCAGCUCGCCAGUCUCGCCGGCCGACGACAGCCUGAGCAACAGCGAGGAGGAGCCGGACCGGCAGCAGCCGGCGAGCGGCAAGCGCGGGGCUCGCAAGCGGCGCAGCAGUCGACGCAGCGCGGGCGGCAGCGCGGGGCCCGGCGGGGCCACUGGCGGAGGCGUCGGAGGCGGCGACGAGCCGGGCAGCCCGGCCCAGGGCAAGCGCGGCAAGAAAUCUGCGGGCGGCGGCGGAGGCGGCGGCGCGGGCGGUGGCGGCGGCGGCGGCAGCAGCAGCGGGGGCGGGAGCCCGCAGUCGUACGAGGAGCUGCAGACGCAGCGGGUCAUGGCCAACGUGCGGGAGCGCCAGCGCACGCAGUCCCUGAACGAGGCGUUCGCCGCGCUGCGCAAGAUCAUCCCUACGCUGCCCUCGGACAAGCUGAGCAAGAUUCAGACCCUCAAACUGGCGGCCAGGUACAUCGACUUCCUGUACCAGGUCCUGCAGAGCGACGAGCUGGACUCCAAGAUGGCAAGCUGCAGCUAUGUGGCCCACGAGCGGCUCAGCUACGCCUUCUCGGUCUGGAGGAUGGAGGGGGCCUGGUCCAUGUCUGCGUCCCACUAGCAGGCGGAGCUCCCCACCCCCUCGGCAGGCCGGAGACCUAGAUGUCAUUGUUUCCAGAGAAGGAGAAAAUGGACAGUCUAGAGAACUCUGGAGCUGGAUAACUAAAAAUAAAUCUAUAUGACAAAGAUUUUCUUGGAAAUUAGAAGAGCAGAGACCAAAUUCAAAAGAGUCGGGGCGUGGGGCACACUUUUAAAAGAGAAAGCCAGACAGGCCGGUGGACCGAGAUUCCCAGAGAGGCACCACCCUCAUACCUCUGCAUUCUGAUAGAAGUCUGAACCAUUGUUUGUGCCCCCCACACACACACACACACU